UUCUUAGCUCGUUGAGCCUAGAUAGAAAUAAUCUUACCGGUUCAAUCCCGCCAAUAUUAGGCAAUUUGACGAAUCUUAUCAUUCUUUAUCUCUACGGUAACCAGCUUUCUGGUCACAUUCCUAAUGAGUUAGGAAAUCUCCGCUCUAUGCUUGACUUAGAGUUGAGUACAAAUCAGCUCACUGGCCCAAUUCCUUCUUCGUUGGGUCACUUGACCGACCUAUUAUAUUUGUUCCUCCGCGGGAAUCAACUUUCUAGUUCAGUUCCUAAAUCCUUGGGGAAUCUGAUGAACUUAAAGAUGUUGGAACUGGAUGCCAACAAGUUAACUGGCUCCUUACCAGAAAACUUGUGCCAAGGUGGAUUUCUUGAAAGUCUCUCAAUGAGUGGCAACAAGUUAACUGGUUCUAUCCCUAGAAGCUUGAAAAAUUGCACAAGCUUAGUUAGACUUCGCCUCGAGAAAAACCAGUUGACUGGAAACAUCUCCGAGAUCUUUGGUGUCUACCCCAACCUAACCUUUAUCGACUUGAGUUCCAACAAGUUCUAUGGAGAAAUCUCAACAAAUUGGGGAAGUUGCAUGAGUUUAAGUGAUCUAAACAUUGCUGGAAAUAACAUCACUGGUAGCUUGCCUCUUGAGAUCGGAAACGCGACUAAACUGAGUGUAAUUGAUCUAUCUUUCAAUAGUUUAGUCGGGGAGGUUCCAAAAGAAUUUGGAAAAUUGACUUCUUUGGAGACUUUGAAUCUAAGCAGGAACCAACUUUCUGGCCAAAUAAGUCCAGAGAUUGCAUCGCGACCUAGUCUUCUAAAAUUGGAUUUGUCGUGGAAUAGAUUAAGCAGGUCUAUCCCACAGGCUAUUGGGAAUUCUUCAAAAUUGACCCACUUGUAUUUGAGCAACAACCAGUUGAGCCAAGAUAUUCCAGGGCAACUAGGGAUGCUAACUCAUUUGAAUGAGCUAGACUUGAGUUGUAACUUGUUAAGCGGUGACAUCCCAAUUCAAUUCAACAAGCUAGAAAGCCUAGUGAAACUCAACAUUUCACACAAUAAUCUUUCUGGCCUUAUAUACAAGACUUUCAAGGAUAUGCGAGGGUUGGCAGAGGUGGACAUCUCCUACAACAAGUUUGAGGGUCCCAUCCCCACCACCAUGGCAUUUCAAAAUGCAACAAAAGAAGCAUUUGAAGGCAACACUGGAUUAUGUGGAAAUGUCGAAGGACUUGAGCCAUGUAAUCAAGCGGUGGUGGAUAGGGAAAGCUCUCGGGCUGGAGGUAGAGUGUUUCUUAUUGUGUUUCCUCUGGUAGGAGCAGUUCUUCCGUUUAUUUUCUUUGGAAUUUUCUUCAUUUUCCGUAGAAAGAAGAUCCAUCGAACAGUGGAACUAGCACCCAAGACAACUGAAGUCUUUUCUCUAUCAAAGUACGAUGGAAAGAUCUUAUAUGAAGACAUCAUAGAAGCUACUGGGGCAUUUGAUGAGAUUUAUUGUAUUGGACGGGGGGGCUGUGGAAGUGUCUUCAAGGCCAAAUUAAGAUCAGGUGAUAUAGUAGCUGUAAAGAAGAUCCAUCAAACGGUUGAUAGUGGGCAAGCGGAUCAAAAGGAAUUUCUGAAUGAGAUUAGGGCUUUGACAGAAAUUCGACACCGCAAUAUUGUGAAACUCGAGGGCUUUUGUUCGCAUCCACAACACUCUUUCUUAGUGUAUGAGUACUUGGAUAGAGGAAGCUUGUCUACAAUCUUGAGCAAUGAAGAAGAAGCUAAAGAGUUGGACUGGAACAAGAGGGUGAAUAUCAUAAAAGGCGUGGCAUAUGCUCUUUCUUAUAUGCACCAUGAUUGUAACCCUCCAAUCAUUCAUCGAGAUAUUUCCAGUAACAACAUUCUGCUUGAUUCUGAGUACGAGGCGCAUGUUUCUGACUUCGGCACAGCUAAGCUUCUUAAGCUGGAUACAUCAAACUGGACUGCAGUCGUCGGCACAUAUGGUUAUGUAGCUCCAGAGCUUGCUUACACAAUGAAGGUGACGGAGAAAUGUGAUGUUUAUAGCUUUGGAAUAGUGGCCAUCGAGUUGAUCAAAGGAAGACAUCCGGGUGACAGCUUUUCAUCUCUAGUAGCUCCAAUUGACAUAGAGAUCUCGGUUGUUUUGAGGAAUAUAUUGGAUUCACGCCUGCCAACACCCACACCAGGCAUUGAGGAUAAACUUCUGACCAUCUUCCAGCUUGCAAUUGCUUGCUUAUCUGCUGAUCCCCAACUCAGGCCGUCGAUGGACACGAUUGCUCAGAGACUAUCAGCUCGUUCAACCACUUUCCAUGGCGUUCAAUUUUCAGAGACAGCCGCUGAUCCUGCGAGAGAUACAACAGCUUCAAGCAAUUUCCUGGAUCAAUUCGUAGAAGAUAUCGUCUGAUUAAUGAUGUUGCUCUGUCAACCACACGCAAGAAGGAUAAAUAUUUUGACCGUCAACCAAAGUGGAGUGUUUCAUAUCAGCAUGAGGAUGCGGACUAUGUUUCGUUCAUGCCCAAGUAAGUAUAGAACUGCCUUUUGUUUUGGAAGAAGCAAAACUAGAACAUUCUGGCAUCUAGUUUCGUUUGUGGAGACAACAGCUGAACUCAAGUGAUAUUUCAAACUGUUUCUGUAUCUGGUCUUAACCAGACUAGUGUCUAUGGAGUCAAUGUAUCCAUGUCGAGUUAGACUUAGAAAGUAUUUCUUUUGUAUCAAUGUAAAGUGUUGAUGAUGUAUCCAGUGUUGUUAUCGUGAAACCGAAAUGUCCAUGUAAGGAUGAAAUGGAACAUUUAUAUGAAGUCUCUAAACUCUUGAUGAUUAUUAGUCCUAUAUGUUUAUUUUUGAUUUAUGU